CAGCCACGCCCUGUCCUGCCUUCCCUGGCCCCGCCCAGGCUGAGUGGCCAGCAGCACAGUGUCAUCACCAGUGUGGCCAUCUUGAGGCCACUGUGGCGGAGGCAGCUUCAGGAGCCAAGUUCCAUAUGCCCAGAGGCCCCAGAGGUGGAAGGGGCCCAGAAGCAGAAGUGAAAUUGUCACUGUUCCACGAAGAGACCCAUGUGACAUUCUCGCGGCUAUCGGAGCCACUGCUGUGCGAAUACGUGGAGAGCGGGGAGCCUCUAGACAAGUCUGGCACCUACGGGCUUCAGGCGCGAGGCGGUGCCCUAGCAGAGCGCGUGGAAGGGGAUUUCUUCAAUACUGUGGGGUUUCCACUCAACCGCUGCAUGCGUGAGCUGGCUGCCAUCUUCCCGGAUGUGGGACCACACGUCCCUGUCAGCCAGCGUCCGGCCACACCCCAAUAAUGAGGAUUGUAGAUGGAGAAUGAGUAUGUGACUGUCCGGGCGGGUAUUCUGGUGAGAGAGUUACUGAAGGGGUGGGACUUCUGGUGAGUUUGUGAAGCAGUGACCCAUUUCCCAUG